AUGCCUAUUCCGCAAUUUCCAAACUAUAACAGAGAGCAGUUCCUCUCGCGCAUCGGUAACACCCCGUUGAUCAAGCACGAGUCCCUUUCUAGGGAGACCGGGCGGAACAUCUUCUUCAAGGCUGAGUACACGAACCCAGGCCAGUCCAUCAAGGACCGCGCCGUGAUGAAGCUCUUGGACGACGUCGUCGCCAGCGGCGCCGUGAGCCCAGGCGGUACCUUGGUUGAGAGCACCGGAGGCAACAGCGGUGUGUCCUUGGGGUUGUUGGCCCGUCUAUACACGCCGUGCUUCAAGGUUGUUCUCUUCGUGCCAGACUCGCUCAUCCAGGAUAAAGUCGAGCUCAUGGAGAGCUUGGGCUGUACCGUGGUGAAGUGCCCUGCCGCUGCUCCGCCAGGUCAUAGAGACUGCUUUGUUGAGGCGGCUAGAAUCUACGCCGAGGAGACGCCAAACUGUGUGUUUGUUGAUCAGAUGAACAACUUGAAGAACAGACAGGCCCACUACGAGACCACGGGUCCUGAGAUCUGGAGCCAGCUGGAAGGUAGAGUUGACGGGUUCGUCGCCUCUGCCGGAACCGGUGGUACCUUUAUGGGCAUCGCCUCUUAUUUGAAAGAUAUGACGAAAGGUAAAGCACAAUGCUGGUUUGCCGAUAAAGUCGGGUCCGGGUUGUGUCAGUUCAUCACUUCAAAGGGUCAGUCGUGGGAGUGUGAAGCUGAGCCGUCUUUUGUCGAUGGUAUCGGUAAGCAUAACUUGACUGGUCAGAUGAGUGACGCCCUCAAGAUUGCAGAUGGUGCAGUGACGAUAACAGACACGGAGGCGAUCCUCAUGAUCUAUAACUUGAUCAACGAGCAGGACUGCUGGAUUGGUGCGUCUGGUGGAUUAAACCUCUGUGCUGCAAAGCAGUUGGCGCUGACUCUACCUGAAGGUUCCAACGUUGUUACCACGGUCGCUGAUGGCGCAGACAAGUACGAAUCCAAGUUGUUUUCACGUAAUUGGUUGGUUGAGAAUGGCCAUUGGGACUCCAUACCGGUAGAGUUGCGCAAGUUUGCUACAUACGAUCUGUGA